AUGGCUCAAGAACCAGUCAAUUCGAAUACAUCCUUCCCAUGUGAAGGAGGGCCAACAUUGCUCCAUAGGAGCUGUCACGAUUGCAACCGCAGAAAGGUGCGGUGUAGCAAGACCUUGCCUUGCGAUAAUUGCGUGCGUUCGGGCGUCGAGUGCUCGUAUCCACCGCCUGGCCGUAAGCCUCGGAAAGCCCCCAAAAGAUCAUCGAAUAAGGCCGAAUUGCUUUCACGAUUGAGCCUGCUAGAACAGCAAAUCAAGAAGCUCGGUAGCAAAGUGUCUGCUGAAGAGGCUCCUCAAGAAUUCCUUUUAGAGCGGGAAAAUAAUGAUGGCCCGCAGGGCAGCCGCACUGUGCGCUCAUGGCCAGCCAAGCAUUUUCCGGACGAUGGAGUAAACGAGAAGCCGGGAGAGAUAGAAGAGGACAAUUAUGAUAUAAGCAAAGAGUCUGCUUCGCCCAAAGCCACUUCCAAUACGCUGGAGGCUCAACUUGGACACCUCGUCGUGGGUCGAAAUAGUGGAACGAGCCGUUAUGUGAAUCAUCAAAUUCUGACGGAGCUCGCACAUCAGAUUGAAGAAGUUCGAGAUAUCUUUGAUAGGCCGGAAUCACCAACCUUGUCGGAGGAAGACUUCUCAUCGCCAGUGCCAGCAGCGACACACUCCGAAAUAUUGAGCCCUUUCAUAUUUGGGUACCAUUCUGUGGCCUAUUCACUCAGCAAUUACCAUCCGCCGCCGAUCAUCAGCCAUCUUCUUUUCAACAUCUUCGAAGAGAAUGUGGCACCCAUACUUUUGAUCGUCCAUAAGCCCAUGUUGAAAGAUAUGCUCCAAACAGCCACAACAGACCCCGAGAAUUUGGAUAAGGGAUCCGAGGCUUUGGUAUUUUCUAUCUAUUUGGCUGCAAUCCGCAGUAUGUCACCAGAAGUAUGUCUUGCACAGCUAGGGGCAGACCACACCACCUUGACCAAAAGAUAUCGGUUCGCCGUCGAGCAAGCGUUAGUGCGGGCAGGAUUCCUUCACACACGCAAGUUGAUUGUGCUACAAGCAGCAGUCCUUUUCUUGAGCUCCGCCUGUGAUCCUCAGGAUGCACACUUUGUCUGGACUAUGAUCGCUGUUGUGACUCGUCUUGCAUUAAGCAUGGGCCUGCAUCGGGACAGCAGCCACUUCGGGCUGGGUCCAUUCGAGACAGAGAUGCGGCGACGAUUGUGGUGGUAUAUAUAUCUAUUGGAUGUGCGGUCGUCCGAAUCUCAAGCCACAAGCCCUCAAAUCCGGGAAGGAGACUACGAUACUAAAUUGCCGUUGAAUAUCAAUGACGAUGAUGUGUCGUCUGACAUGGUUGAGACCCCGCCGGAACGAACUGGCUUUACAGAGAUGACUUUGACCUUGGUCAGAUGUGAAAUCCUCAUUUUGCAUCGCAAAUUAAUGCAACUCAACAGCUUCGGGGUGGAUACUAAUGGACAUAAUGUGUUAUUUCAGAACCGCCUCCGGGCAAUUGAAGAGACUCGGGUUGCCCUUGACAAGCGAUAUCUCCAAUUUUGUGACCUCGAAAUCGCGAUCCACUGGGUGACCGCUACCAUUGCCCGCGUUGCUCUCGCGCGCUCGUGGCUUGUGUCACACUUCUCGCUAAUGAGCAUCGAAGGAUUUCAGAGAGAUGUAUUCUCCGGAAAAUGUGAUCUCCUCAUCCUAACCGCGAUCGAGGUUCUCGAAUUUGUUUACCUACUCGAAUCCCAUGAUAAUACCAAAAAAUGGUCCUGGCUGUUCCAGGGAUAUAUACAGUGGCAGGCGUUUGCAUUCGUUCUGUCGGAGCUCUGCGUGCGCCCUACCUCCCCUCUAUCAGACCGCGCGUGGGUGGCCGUGGAUCGGGUCUAUGAACGAUGGGGCGGAUCGAUGAGUAAUCGACUUGGGUUGUUGAUGCGACCAUUGGAACGUCUUCGGAGUCGGGCUGCUGCAAUUCGAGCUCAGCAGCCGUGGGGUGAAUCAAGCGAAACUAUGCCAGUUGGAAAUAACUUGAACCUAGCUGGUGCAGGUAUUACGUUCCCGAUUGUGGCACAUCCUAUGGAACACUUACAAGGAGAUCUAGGGUCCCUUGACAUUUUCAUGGACGUAGUAAAUACUAUGGGGCUAUAG